CCAAAACAAAUAAACACUUGUUGUGCAAAAACUCUGAAUUUUAUGUAUUUUUGAGGCAAAGAGAGGUUUUAAUUUAGUAAAAAGUGUACAGAAUAGAAUCCAAAGUGAUGUCCGACCCGAAGGAGAUGCAAACGGAUGAGCGGGAGGCACUAAUCUCGAUCUACGAGGGCGACUGCGCCUUUAAGCAGGUCAACUCGGAAACGUAUCAGUACAAGUAUGGCGAGGAAGGCAACAAAUCGUUCCUACUGGAAAUAUGCUGGACAGAAAAGUACCCUGAGGAGCUUCCCACCUUCAACCUGGAGACUUUUUACAACAGAAACCUCUCCCGGACAGCGAAGGACAGCAUCCUGACGAUAUUGCGCGAGGAGGGUGAACAGUGGAUCGGCUGUGGAAUGACGUACACGUUAUUUGAGUGCCUCAAGGAUAAGCUGGAUGAAUUGCUGACGGACGAAAAUUGUAACGCCGGCGAUGGGCAGCAGGUGGUGAUCGGUACGGCAAACGCCCUGCCGGACGAUGAUGCCGCCAACAACAGUGACUCGGAGGAGGACGAAUCGGGCGAAGCGCGCGGUGCCCGCCGGGAACAGAAACGGGAACAGCUGACCAAGGCACAGAAGCGGAAACAGUGGGACCGCGUGGACAGUAAAGGCAAUCGGCAGCGGGGCUGGAAUUGGGUGGACAUCGUGAAGCAUCUGUCGCAGACGGGCGGUAAACCGGAAUAGUCCCGGCUAACCGGGCGCACGUGUGUGAUACUAGGAGUCGUGCGUGUCCGUGUGUUUUGUCGAGCCAGAGGAACCAACAACGAGAUGAUAGCUGAAUAAACCGAAACCGGAAGCUCUAUAUCGGAUGCGGAUGCUGGCGGGUCAAUACGGUGGCCGAGCGAUUUGGUUGGAAAAUGGAAAUUUUUAUAUUGUUUCAUGUCUUAAAACCUUCUCCUGCAGCAUUCGCGUGCGAUAAUUGAACUAGUUGUUUGCAUCGGAUUGAACUCGUGCUCUGCUGAUCUACUCUAGUGAACCCUUUCUUAGCCCUCGCUCAAACCUAUCCUUCGUGCACUUAGUGGUGUGGCCUUCCUUCCUAGAGAGACCUACGCGUUCACUCUUUACUGCUACGGCAAACACGCAAAUAGGAAAUCGUAUAAAACUGCUAGUGGAAAGUGUGUUUGCCAAGUGUCGUGCCUUAAAAUGGUAUCACAGCAGUGAAGCAUGCCCGGGCUCAUGCACAGACGGUCGUCGGUAUCGUUCGGUAUCUCCUUUCUGCUGCGUUGUUUCUGAUUAAAAGAGCUAAGAAUCUAAAAAAGCGGCAUCCGAAGGGGCGACCAUGGAUGACCCACCCUAUCGCAGAUGUUUCGUUGCAUGUGCGGAGACGGCGUUUUCAUUAGUAAAAGCGAGUUGUAUCAAAGGAAGCUUGGAAUGUUCCAGUUUUGAGCACCGUUGCGAUGGGAACUAAGACUUUAAACUUGACUUUAAAACUGGCAUAAGCGUAUCUCAAGCAUGGCUACACUAAGUGCAACUAG